UUUUCAUCGUCAAUAAUAAUGUGAUUUUAUAUUGGUUAAUCUGGCUAACCAAUUAACCAAACCGAUUAAACUUUACUUUGGUUAAUUUGGUUGUUGUAUUAGUUUGGACGGUUUGAUUAUGAUAUUGUAUUUCAUGAUUAAUAGAAUUUAGCCUUAUUUAAUUUGGUUAUAACCAUGGUAACCAUUUUUGAACACCCCUACACAUCCUCCGAAAAAGGUAACAGAAAAAACCGCUCCUAUUGUCCAAAAAAUCUAAAUCAAUUGAAAAAACUAAAAACUAAUCCAAUCGCCGUGUGCCCAUAAUCGCGAUUAACAACCAUGAUCUCCUUUGUUUAAAACCAAAAUCAACAAUUAAGAUCGGAAGAAGAGAGCUUUUGCUGCAAUCCCGCCGCCCGGGGUACCAGAUGGGUUGCGGGAAAUCGAAACACGCCGUCGCCACGGCCAGCGCUCCCACCGCCGUGGCCCGGAAGAAAUCGUCCAUCAAGAAGAGCAGUGGUGCAGGAGACAGCCGAGAAGAGGAAAUGCCAAUGCCGCCGCCGAAAGAAAACUCAUCAAACGAUAGUAACGUCAAUGCGGUGGCGGUGGAGGCGAAGGAAGAAGCAGAGCCGGGGAAGUUGAUAUCUCGAGAAUCACCCCAGUUCUUCUCGUCGCACAAGGACGUGGAGCGCAUCGCCGCCAUCGUUAGCGAAUCGAAAUCGGAUGGCGGCGACUCGGAGUACGGAUCACCGCGCACCGAGUCGGCCGGGAGGGAGGAUUCGAUGAACAAAUGCAGCGUUCGGGCUGAAGAUGGGGGAGAGAUAGCAGGGGAAGGUGCGUCCGCCGCCGUUGUCGUCGUUGAGUCUGAACCUCCGGACACGAAGCAGCAGCUGCAGAAUUGUGAUGAUCGGUAAGUGGGGUUGGAAAGUUCGUCGGCGGCGGAAGAAAGCAUUGGCAAGGCA